AUGUCUCCAACGCUCCAGGUGACAAACAAACCGUCUUCAGUGUCAAAGAAUGAAGGCAAAAAGAUCGAGACGAAAAAGAGCUCCAAGUCAAGGUUCGUGGAGAGAAAUCGUAAAUCAGCAGAUAACCACGGUGGCAAUGCUAACGCUAGAAAAAAGAGCCUCGCUACCACAGAAAAAGAGAAACGUGGACUAAGCCCAAAGCGAGUUGAAAAAUCGUACACAAAUACCCGUGGAAGGGAAUCGGAAACAUUAUUUCGAACCUCAACCAAGGACCAAAACAUGAAUAAAGCAUCUGCUAGGUAUAAUGGCCACAAUGUUGAUACCCCAUCUGUCAGGCCUCCUAUGAAGAAGAACGUGUCAGAUCUUUUAAAGCUCCAAAAGUUGUCAGGAAAAAAGACAAGCGGCAAGUCCAUUCCCACGACUGACAACCGGCUGUUAUCCUCACGUUUGGAUCAACGGAACGUUUCAAAGAUUUCUCUCAAUCGGUCCCACUCUGAAAUCCAACAGUAUGUUGAGAACUGGUUGGAGGAGGUCAUUUCAAAUCCAGUGGUGUACAUGGUAACCUCAGAUGUUCCAGAACCGCCCCAAAAGGUUUUAUUUCAGAUUGGUGGUGAUUCAGAAACGGAGGAAACGAAGGAAACCCAGACCCAUGCAGAUGAGCAGAAGACUCCUUCUGACACUUUGAGCGCGACGGGUUCUUGUCUCUCGGUCCCCCUCCGGUCCAAAGAACAGAAACCGACAGAUGUUGAACCCGCCCACCAGCAGACUUGGCCAAGCAAUGAAUCUCAAAUGGAUAUUUCAAGCCCCAAAGAAAAGCUGAAAUCAGUCUCACAGGAACUUUGCUCGUUAAUUCAAUCAAUGCGAAUUACGUCUGACCAAUCAAGGAGUCGACUUCAUUUUUCAUCUGAGGUGGCUUCAGUAUUUGGCACCUCUUGCAGCGCCUUGCUUUCGUUUUUGUCGGUAAUGGCUCUGAGAGACGGUCUAAGGGGUGAAAGCACUGAUUCAGAAAAGGCCUCUGAAGCCAUGCUCCUCUUGAAGUUCCUGCAGAACAUUUCUGCCAUUGAAGACCAGGACGAGCAACGGGCGAGUCUGAUUGAUUUGCACAGUGGAGUGUCUCCCAAGUUCAUGAAAGAUUGGAUGGAUUUCCAAACUUGUAAGGAAAAGCUGCAGACAGAAUCACUCAUUCCCAAAUUUCAAGACACCCGAGAUUCCGUUUGGGUCCAGGAUGUUGAUCAGCUAAUAAAAGAGCUGCCCUACGACCUCAGGAUGGAGAUUUCCUCAGCGCUUCAGCAGCCUCCUGAAGAAGAGUGCACUGUUGUCGAGCCUAAGGGCGAUUCCUCAGAAUCAGCAGAUGAGAAGGUUUUGCAAGACAGCGACUUAAAACAAUGCUGUGAUAAUUCCUCCAUUCAUGUAAACACAAACGAUAAGAACGAUGGCUCAUCAUGGACUGGAGAGAUGGAAGAUCAACCUGAUCAGGAAAUAGGCCGUGACAGGAAAGAACCAAUAGCAGGGGAGCACCAAGUUAAUGAAGGAAAUAUAAAGGAUACAGAAGAUCACAUGGAGGAAUCAAAAGAGGCAAUGGAUGAAGGUGAGAUGGAACGAAAAGGUAGUGAGGAGUAUGUAGAGGAAGAGGCAGUAUCUAAAGAUGAUGAUGAAGAUGACAUUGAGGAAAAGAAGGAAGCAGAAGGGACAGAGGUCUUAGACGAGGACCACAAUGAAAAGCUCAAUGGAGACAUACUUGGACCUAUUAUGGAUGAGAAGAAACAGACAGAGAAGUUGGAAGAGGAUGAGGAUGAUAGUCAAGAAACCUUUCCUGAGGAAAAAGACAGAUUAGGAUGUUCCUUAGAACCAAACCCAUUGGUAGAAGGAACAACAAAAGAAGCAACAGAGGUCUUAAGUGAGGACCCGCACAAUACGGCUCAUGAUAAUAUGGACACACCCGAACCUACUACAGAUGAGGAAGAAGAUGAAAUACAACAGAUGGAGGAUGCAAGGGUAACAACUUCAGAAGAAGAAUCUACAGACAAAGUGGAAAAGCCAAGUUGUACAACAAGGGAAGCAGAAAGUGAAGAUGACUUGGGAUGUUGGCAAGAACCAAACCCAGAGGUAGAAGGUCAAGCAAGUCUCCCUGACAUUGAUGAUGAAGAAGAAGGAAACAAGGGGGAAAAUGAUGCUGUAGACAUACCUGAAUCUACUUCAGAAAACGUAGAUCUACAGAAGCAGGAGGAGAAUGAGGAUACUCGAGAAACCAGUCCAGAGGAAACAUUUAUGGAUCAAGUAGACGUGGCUGGCCAGACACCCGCUGAAGCACAGAGCGAAGACGACCUGGAGAUAGAGGCGAGUCCCCAUGACGAGGGAAUUGAAGAAAUUGAAGAAGAUGAAAAGGACAAUGAUGAAAUUGAAAGGAUUGUUGAAAGUAUCGUUACCAAUCCAGAACCUACUCUAGAAAAGAAAUCGGAAAUUGAGCAGACAGUUGAGCCGGAGGAGAUUGAAGAGGGCAAUUUUCCCAAGGAAGAAUCUGAAGAAGUGAAGUCAAGUGGGACACCAACUGAACAAGCGAGUGAAGAUGACCUUAAAUGCUUUCAAGAACCAAAUCCAGAAGUCCAGGUUUCGGACGAGGAACAAGAACAUUUACCAGAACAGACAGAGAAACUAGAUGAAGACACGUGUCCUGAGGAAGAAUCCGGAGAGGAAGUGGAGAAGACAAACCUUACAGCCAGUGAGACCUUUUGUACAAGCCCACAGAUGGAAAAAGAUCAUUUCAACAAGGAACAUGGCACUGAAUCAUCACUGGAGCAUGAGCGCUUUGAGGAGAACACAGCUCUUGAAAAUGAGGUAGAGAUCUUUCCUCAGGGCCAAAGCAACAAUCUCACCCACCCGGUGGAAAUAUCCCAAGACCUCCUGGACUUUGUUAACUCUGCCCUACAGUCCUCCUCACUCAUAUUUAUGUACGACAAUCACGGCAACAUUAGAAUCGAGCAGGAUCGUACUCAAAUCGGAAAAAUGAAGAAAACACUCAACCCAACGAGCCAAAGACUUUCUAGCUAUGGUUCCAGAUGCCUCCAGAGCCCGAUCACCUCAGAUUUAUCAGACUACAGACCCGAAAGUUUGGAAAGCGGUGGAUAUCAAAGCCAAGACUCUGUAGCCAUCAUUUCGGAGAGUAACGAAGAUGAAGGCUCGAUUAAAAGAGCUAAUCUAGAGUUGACUACCUCCAAGAUAUCCACAAGUCAUUCCGAAGGUGGCAAUUCCUUUUCAGGUGACUCAAAAGGCUCAAAGGCAACUUUGUCUUGUCUCAGAAAGGAGGACAACGACCCAGCCCCGAAGACAGAACAGAAUCCGGAACCCGGCAACGGGGUCUUGAUUGACCAAGGUCGAUGGUUGCUCAAGGAAAACCACCUGAUCAGAAAUUCACCACCUGUCUCUGAGGGCAUGUACAGAGAUUUGGACAGCACCUCCCAAGACACAAGGAACUCCAGCGAGGAGUCACAGAACCACCAAAUAAACCAGACCACCCUCCUCGAAGCUAUAUCCUCCUCUGAACUGGAAGAACUUGCCAAGCCUCAACCCCCAAGAUGCAACUACUUCACCAUGCCACACGGAAGCGACUCAGACCCAUUCCUGGACAACGAUAGCGACCAAAGCCAGAGCAAAGAAACAAACCGGGCGAAAGGGAGCGGCUUCAGGGUGGCGCCGGUGGUUGACACCUCCAAAACGUGGGCCAGCAAGAAUGGCAGCCUUUCAUCUUUUGCAUCGGUGGAGUUUAAAAUAGCAGAUAGAAAAGUGUAUCCCGAGGGAGGGGAGUCCUCCACCGGGGUAGAAGCACGAGGAGGGAACUCAAGGCACCAAUCACAAGACUCCACAGAUGCAAUGAGUUUGAGGUGCGGACAAUAUUGCCAAAUUCUAUAACUGGUCACACAAACUUAUUUUUGAAAAUGUAAGACUUUGAUAUUCAUCUCAAGAAUUGAAAAUAUUCUUUCUUGAACGAUUUCAUAACAAAACAAGAACCACUUUGUAAGUGAAGAAAUGAAAUGACCUCACAUUAUAUGUUCUUUCAAUUGACUGUCUGCCAA